CUCCGCCUCCGGUAAAGAAGAGAAAAGAAAAAUCUGACUACUCGUCUCCCUUGCGCCUCGUGACGUGGGCUGUUUCCUCGCGCCGCUUCCUCCCGCUCGCCGCGGCGCACCACGCCGCAGCUGAAUCUUUCGCCUCCGCGGCGUCGUCCCUCUGAGCCUCCCGUUAGCACCAGUCCGUUCCUCUGCACCCCAACUGCAAUCCAAUCCAAUCCAAUCUUCCGCCUUUGGGCGUUUCUGCUUCCCUGGGACUCGGGAUCUCGUCGGGGGAGGCGGCGGCGGAUUUGAGAUUUGGGGCACAUGGCGUGGCGGCGCGUCCUCUCUCAGGCUGCAAGGAACCAAUCAGCAUAUGCAAUCUAUAAUGAGUUGGCAGCCUCCUCUCCUCUGAGGUCACUUAGAAGUGACAUCAGUGCAGGUGGCACACUUAGGAACUUACAUGAGAGGUAUCAUUCGAGCUAUUUUGGUGGCCUUUCACGCAGCAUGCGAGACCUGGGCUCCCAGAGUGAAGCUUCUAUGCUAAAAGAGAUAUACAGAAGUGACCCAGAGCGUGUGAUAAAAAUAUUUGAAAGCCAGCCUUUGUUGCAUUCGAAUCCUUCAGCACUCUCUGAGUAUGUAAAAGCUCUUGUGAAGGUCGACAGGCUGGACGAUAGCACCUUGCUAAAAACAUUGCAAAGAGGUCUUGCUGCUUCAGAAAGGUCAGAAGGAAGCCUUGAUAGCGUGCCGGCAUUAAAGAGUGCUGGUCAAGUGACAAAAGAUGGAAUUAUUGGCACUGCGAAUGCGCCUAUUCACAUGGUUACAGCAGAAACAGGUCAAUUUAAGGAUCAGCUUUGGCGCACCUUCCGAAGCAUUGCACUGACUUUCCUUUUAAUUUCGGGCAUCGGGGCUCUCAUUGAGGAUAGAGGAAUCAGCAAAGGCCUUGGCCUAAACGAAGAGGUUCAACCAAGCAUGGAAUCUAGUACGAAAUUUAGUGAUGUAAAAGGUGUUGAUGAAGCCAAAGCUGAACUCGAGGAAAUAGUUCACUACCUUCGAGAUCCAAAGCGUUUUACACGUCUUGGGGGAAAACUGCCAAAAGGUGUUCUGCUUGUUGGUCCUCCUGGCACUGGCAAGACCAUGUUAGCGAGGGCUAUUGCUGGGGAAGCCAGCGUCCCUUUUUUCUCGUGCAGCGGUAGUGAGUUUGAGGAGAUGUUUGUAGGCGUGGGAGCUAGAAGAGUGAGGGAUCUUUUUGCUGCAGCAAAAAAACGAUCGCCCUGUAUCAUAUUCAUUGAUGAAAUUGAUGCAAUUGGUGGGAGUAGAAAUCCAAA